AUGCCGACGCCAUCCUCCAAUCCGCCUCCUGAACAAACCUCUCCUCCUCCAUAUAACUUCCCGACAUGUCCUGAGGACCAGCCACACUCCUCUCGAUCCCCUCGACCGGCACAGGACGCCACGCGCCCGGCUUCUGAUAUGGAGACUAGCCAGAGCUCGUCGACAAGCAUUGCCUCUCCUACGGCGUAUUCAUCUGAAGCAUCUCGCGACGGCCCUGCGGCAGAAGACUCGGUGUUAAUAGAUGGCCAGGCGUCUGCGGGAGCCUCCCCCGUGGAUACUGCAUCUCCCCGGCCGCCAUCUAGCGGCACGGUUGCCACAUCUCCCAUGUCCAGUGGACGUGACGAUGAUCUCAAGCACCAAGGAGCCGCCGCCAGCGAUCGCUUGAGCCGGGAGUCAUCUACCUUGUCUGCACAAUUACAGGUCGAGAAUCCGGGCGCCUUCCGGCGUGAGCCCGACUCAUUGGAACGGCUCGAGGAGGAGGAUGAAUACGACCUGCCUCCUAUGCCAUCUGACUGCAUGUAUCAACGAAAAAUCCCCAUCUCACCUUCAUCGUUCCUCCGACCCGGAAGCAAGUUUCGCGGCACACAACAAUCCGAAAGACAGGUCUACGAGGUCCAAGUCGAAAUCAAACAUGUUGACCUGCGCGAAUCUUUUCUCUGCGGCUACUUGCGUAUCCAAGGAUUGACCGAAGACCACCCAACACUCACCACCUACUUUGAGGGAGAAAUCAUUGGUACCAAGUACAACUUCUUCACCAAGCAUGAUGACUGGGGCGCCAAUUCCAAAGUCGACCUCAGCCACUGGUCCAAGUUUAGCGCCUUUCGGCCAUAUCAGAAGAUGGCUCGCAAGGGCCCAGUGACCAUCACCGACCUUGCGCAAAGAGACCACAUCUUUAUGCGGUGGAAAGAGCACUUCUUGGUUCCCGACCACCGCGUCCGAACAAUCACCGGCGCCUCUUUCGAAGGCUUCUACUACAUCUGUUUCAACCAGGUCAAGGGAGAGAUUAGCGGAAUAUAUUUCCACUCCAAAAGCGAAAAGUUCCAACAGCUGGAGCUGAAGCAUGUUCCUGAUAGGGGGUGCUUCAGUGCCAUGGAGUUUCGGUAA